AUGAAAGACAGAGAGCGACUGUUGAAAAAUGUUGCACAGCUGGAGGCCACUUUGGCUUCUGAGCGAAAAAAACAGGAGCAGGAAAGAGAGAAGGCCAAACUGGACAUAGUGAAGAGGAACACUGCACACCCCCAGAACAUAACCGAGCUCCAGCCUUCCCUGAAACUCUGUGAGGAACAAGAGAAGACUGCAGAGAUGGAGAGAGAGAACUUGAUGAGAGACCGAGAGCGACUGGAGAAAAACGUUGCACAGCUGGAGGCCAGUUUGGCUUCUGAGCGAAAAAAACAGGAGCAGGAAAGAAAGAAGACCAAGCUAUACAUAGAGGAGAGGAACACUGCACACAUCCAGAAAAUCGUUGAUCUCCAGGCUUCCCUGAAACUCUAUGAGGAACGGGGGAAGACUGUAGAGCUGGAGAGAGAGAGCUUGAUGAAAGACCGAGAGCAUCUGGAGAAACAUGUUGUACAGCUGGAGGCCAGUUUGGCUUCUGAGCAAAAAAAACAGGAGCAGGAAAGAAAGAAGGAUAAAUUGGGCAUAGAGGAGAAGAACACUACACACCUCCAGAAAAUCACUGAGCUCCAGGCUUCCCUGGAACUCUGUGAGGAACAGAAGAAGUCUGCAGAGCUGGAGAGAGAGAACAUGAUGAGAGACCGAGAGCAAUUGAAGAAAAAUGUUGCACAGUUGGAGGCCAGUUUGGCUUCUGAGAGAAAAAACCGAGAUCAGGAAAAAGAAAAGACCAAGCUAUACAUGGAGGAGAGGAACACUGCACACCUCCAGAAAAUCAACGAUCUACAGACUUCCCUGAAACUAUGUGAGCAACGGGAGAAGUCUGCAGAGAUGGAGAGACAGAGCUUGAUGAGAAACCGAGAGCGACUGGAGAAAAAUGUUGCACAGCUGGAGGCCACUUUGACUUCUGAGCGAAUAAAACGGGAGCAGGAAAGAGAAAAGGCCAAGCUAUACAUGGAGGAGAGGAACACUGCACACCUCCAGAACAUCACUGAGCUCCAGGCUUCCCUCAAACCCUGUGAGGAACGGAAGAAGACUGUAGAGCUGGAGAGAGAGAACUUGAUGAAAGACCGAGAGCGACUGGAGAAAAACGUUGCACAACUGGAGGCCAGUUUGGCUUCUGAGCGGAAAAGACAGGAGCCGGAAAGAAAGAAGGCCAAAUUGGACAUAGAGGAGAGGAACACUGCACACCUCCAGAAAAUCACUGAGCUCCAGACUUCUCUGAAACUCUGUGAGGAACGGGAGAAGUCUGCAGAGAUGGAGAGAGAGAGCUUGAUGAGAAACCGAGAGCGACUGGAGAAAAAUGUUGCGCAGCUGGAGGCCACUUUGACUUUUGAGCGAAAAAAACGGGAGCAGGAAAGAGAAAAGGCCAAGCUAUACAUGGAAGAGAGGAACACUGCACACCUCCAGAACAUCACCGAGCUCCAGGCUUCCCUGAAACUCUGUGAGGAACGGGAGAAGACUGCAGAGCUGGAGAGACAGAGCUUGAUGAGAGACCGAGAGCAUCUGGAGAAAAAUGUUGUACAGCUGGAGGCCAGUUUGGCUUCUGAGCGAAAAAAACAGGAGCCGGAAAGAAAGAAGGCCAAAUUGGACAUAGAGGAGAGGAACACUACACACCUCCAGAAAAUCACUGAGCUCCAGACUUCUCUGAAACUCUGUGAGGAACGGGAGAAGUCUGCAGAGAUGGAGAGAGAGAGCUUGAUGAGAAACCGAGAGCGACUGGAGAAAAAUGUUGCACAGCUGGAGACCACUUUGACUUCUGAGCGAAAAAAACGGGAGCAGGAAAGAGAAAAGGCCAAGCUAUACAUGGAGGAGAGGAACACUGCACACCUCCAGAACAUCACUGAGCUCCAGGCUUCCCUGAAACUCUGUGAAGAACGGAAGAAGGCUGUAGAGCUGGAGAGAGAGAACUUGAUGAAAGACCGAGAGCGACUGUUGAAAAACGUUGCACAACUGGAGGCCAGUUUGGCUUCUGAGCGGAAAAGACAGGAGCCGGAAAGAAAGAAGGCCAAAUUGGACAUAGAGGAGAGGAACACUGCACACCUCCAGAAAAUCACUGAGCUCCAGACUUCUCUGAAACUCUGUGAGCAACGGGAGAAGUCUGCAGAGAUGGAGAGAGAGAGCUUGAUGAGAAACCGAGAGCGACUGGAGAAAAAUGUUGCACAGCUGGAGGCCACUUUGACUUUUGAGCGAAAAAAACGGGAGCAGGAAAGAGAAAAGGCCAAGCUAUACAUGGAAGCGAGGAACACUGCACACCUCCAGAACAUCACCGAGCUCCAGGCUUCCCUGAAACUGUGUGAGGAACGGGAGAAGACUGCAGAGCUGGAGAGACAGAGCUUGAUGAGAGACCGAGAGCAUCUGGAGAAAAAUGUUGUACAGCUGGAGGCCAGUUUGGCUUCUGAGCGGAAAAAACAGGAAAGAGAUAAUACUAAUCUAGACAUUAAGGAGAGGAAGACCGUACUACUGCAGAACGUGUCCAAGCUCCAGGCUUCUCUGAAAAUCUGUGAGGAACAACAGAAGAUUGCAGCGCAGGGGAGAGAAAGGAGGAUGAAAGCCCGAGAGCAACUGGAGAAAAUUGCACAACUGGCAGCCUCUUUGACUUCAGCGCAAGGGCAACAGGAGCAGGAAAAUGAGAAGAUCAAGCUGCACAUGGAGGAAAGGAAAGCCUCACACCUCCAGAACAUCACCGAGCUCCCGGCUUCCCUGAAACUCUGUGAGGAACGGGAGAAGUCUGCAGAGCUGGAGAGAGAGAACUUGAUGAGAGACCAAGAGCGACUGGAGAAACAGGUUGCUCAGCCGGAGGCCACUUUGGCUUCUGAGCGAGAGCACCAUAAGGCAGAGCUGGAGAGCAAAAGGAGGACGAGAGACCGCGAGCAAUUGAAAAAAAUUGCAGAGCAAGAGCACCGGAACCAGGGAACAGAAGACCAAGCAGGAUGCCUGCAAGAAGAACAGCAGCCAGUGCUUGGAGAAACCCCUGAAGAACGAGUGCUCACCUGCCAGUGA